AUGGAGUCUUUAAAGGCCUUUAAAAAUCGAAAAGGGCCAAAAGCUGUUAUAAAUUUUAUAAUUUUAUAUUUCAACAAUUGUUGCAUACAUGGGUUUCGCUAUCUUACUAGAGCAAUGCUGAUUUUCUUUGAGAAAUUCCUUUGGUUCACCUUACUGGUUGUAUCAAUAUAUUUCUGUAUCGUUGUCUGCCUAUCAUCUAUAGAUCGGUAUUACACGAAAAGCACACAUAUCGGACUGGAGCGAAACUAUAUCUUUUGGAAUACCAGUUUACCGAGUGUAACAGUAUGCCCAAUGGAUCGUCUGAACAUUACCUUUUUCUCUGAUUAUUGUCGGAAAAAUGGUGUUAAAGGACCACAAAAAGAUGUUCUCUGGGACUUUUUGGAGAACCUGGCCAAUUCCACUUAUAUCAAUUUUCAAAACAUUCCCGAGAGCGAACAGGUCGAUCAAGUUAUUAAGGACAUAGGCCUGAAGCCGGAAAAGUACAUGGAGCUAAUUUUCAAUCUCACCUAUGAUAAAACCUACGAGCCAAAUAUUAUGGAGCGCAUCCGCUGUGUGGAUGGUUCGACUUACAUUCAUGUGCGCCAGGUUCUCACUGAGUGGGGACUAUGCUAUUUGGGAAACUCCAUGCUAACCGAACAGUACAGUUCCCAGUACUUUAUCUACGGAGAGUAUCCCGAGCCGAACAGAUAUGAGCAGGAACUUUCCCUAAUUCAAUGCCAGGUCGGUUCGUUCUUUCAAAGGGACACGCAAUUCACAUUGAGAGGCUUUUCAAGCCCUGCAAUAAUUGCCUUUGCACAUUCUGCAUUUGAAGUAAGUAAGGUUGACUCCAAUUCCAAUUACGCUGUAGAAGGUGUGAUGUACGAUCUGAGCACUGAAGAGAUUGUUGCUGAGGAUAACCUAGAAGAUGAAACGACAGUCAGCAUGAGAAAAUGCCGGUUCUACCAUGAAUCCAAUCUAACUCACUUCCCGUUCUAUACCAGAAAUAUUUGUCAACAAGAGUGCCGAAUCAAUUUGGCAUAUAGAAUAUGUAAAUGCAUUCCGCACUUCUACCCGAAUCGCAUCGCAAAUCCCAAAAAAGUUUGCGAUUAUAAAACUUUAAGAUCGUGCUUUCCUCGCCACUCGAAAUUUUUUCUUAAGCUUUACGAAGAAAAUGGCAAGCACGAGAAGCCCGCUAGUUGUUAUUGCGAACAGAACUGCCUAGAUGCUGUAGUUACAAUAAAAUCCAUAGACCCAAUGGCAAAUGCAAAACAUUUACUUCAAGGUAUUGGAAGUCAGGUAACGGUCAAAACUUGGCCGCAGACUCGGCUAAAGCGACAAGUUAUAUUUUCAAUGACCGAUCUUUUGGUUUCAAUCGGCGGAACAGCAGGACUUUUUCUUGGAUUCAGUGUAUUGGGCCUUGUUGAAGUUUUAUAUUUCUUCACAAUAAGAUUAGUCUGGCAAAUAUUGGGAUACACCAUUUAAAAUAACCCACGCACUAACCUAUAUUUAAAUGUGCUUACUCAAAACUAUUUGCUUAUUAACUAACGAUUUAAAACAAUCUUGAUAAAUUACAGCUCCGCGACAGGGCUAUUAAAUGACGAAGAAAUUAGAUGGACUUUACUAAUCAAUCGUUUAUGAGAAAUAAAAUGAUUUCAUUAUUCUUAAACCAAAAAAAACCCUUCUUUUAAUCUCUGGUUUAUUAAUAAUUAUGUGGUUUCAUAUAA